AUGUCUCUGGCAGAGGAGCUGGCGGCGGACCCAGACCUGCGUCUGGAGGCGCGCCUCGUCUUCUCUGCAGAGGACGACAGCAGCGGCGCCUCCCUGCCCUCCGCCAACCCUCCCGGGAGGGUGGCCGAUGUCGUGAGGAUAUGGGGCUCCGAGAGGUUGGGAGACCUACUUGCUAAGGUGGCGAGCGGGUGCGAGCAGCCGUCCACGGUGUGGGAGGCGAGCGCGGCUUGCAGCGACCUGGACGGCGACCUGGGCGCGGCGCACGCGCUGCUGCGCGCCCUCUACGGCCGGCGCUUCCCCGAGCUGGAGGCGCUCGUCCGGGCCGGCGCCGCCUACGCCGCCGUCGCCCGCCGCCUCGGCUGCGCCAGCGGCGGCGGGGGCGGCGCCGGCUACGGGGGCGUGGCGUUCGGGGGCGGGCUCGGGGGCGGCGCCGUCGCGGCCGCGCUGGCGCCGCUGCUGCCGCCGGCCUCCGUCAUGGUGGUAUCUCUGGCCGCCGCCACCACCAGGGGACGCAGCCUCACCGAGCACGAGCAAGAGUGCGUGACGGAGGUGCUGGACGCGGAGGCGGGAAUGACGGCGGCCCGGGCGGUGCUGGGGGCCUACGUGGAGGCGCGCAUGGCGGCCGCCGCCCCCGAGCUGGCGGCCGUGCUGGGGGCGGAGGCGGCGGCCCGCCUCGUCGCGGCGGCGGGCGGCCUGCACAAGCUGGCGCGCACGCCCGCCUGCAACGUGCUCGCGCUCGCCAAGGCCGCCGCCGCCGCCUCGGGGGCGCAUGUUAUUGCACAUAAAAAUUUUAUGGCUAGCAAAGUUAAAAGAUAA